ACGUGUCAUCACGAUCCGAUUAUUAUCCUCUCGAUCCAACGGACCCAAACCACUCUCUCUCUUUCUCUCCUCCCUCUCUCUCUCUCGCCGCCACCUCCGAUUAACCGUUCGCCGUUUCCGAGAUGGCGGAUUCCGACAACGAUUCAGGCGGCCACAAGGACGGAGGCAGCGCAUCGUCGCGUGAGCAGGAUAGGUUUCUCCCGAUCGCGAACGUGAGUCGGAUCAUGAAGAAAGCGUUGCCGGCGAACGCCAAAAUCUCCAAGGACGCGAAGGAGACGGUGCAGGAGUGCGUAUCGGAGUUCAUAAGCUUCGUCACCGGAGAGGCAUCCGACAAGUGUCAGAGAGAGAAGAGGAAGACGAUCAACGGCGACGAUCUCCUCUGGGCGAUGACGACGCUAGGGUUCGAGGAUUACGUGGAGCCGUUGAAGGUUUACCUGCAGAAGUACAGGGAGGUGGAAGGGGAGAGGACGACGACGGGGAGACAGGGGGAUAAGGAAGGUGGAGCUGGAGGAAAUGGGAGUUCGAGUGGCGGCGGAGUUGGAGGAGGAGGAGGAUAUAAUGGUGGAGGAGGUGCGACGGCGGGAGGAGGGAUGUACGGUGGGAUUGUGACGAUGGGGCAUCAUCAUCAGGGACACGUGUACGGUGGAGGGAUGCAUCACACGCAGCAAAGCGGGUCCGCACGUGCUGAUUAAUUAAGUUCUGACUCCGUUAACUAGCACGUGGUGAUUGAUUAAGCUUUGACUCCGUUAACUCGGAAUGGCUCCCUAAAGCUUAGAUUCACUUAUAUGAAAUGUAGAUGUCUUAUCUUUCUCCUUGCUUACUUAUUAUGUGAAAUGUAAAUGUCUUAUAUC